GCCGGAGGUGACGGGAGCCUCAGCGGCGGCGCGGGAGACAAUGCCCGGGCGGGGAGGCGGCGUCUGCGGCCCGAGCUGCCCAUGAGAUGUCCUAAACAGCACCCCAGGCCAGACUACAAGAUCUCUGCUUCACACUGAAUGUACCUCGUUGGCCCCUGUCACCAUGGAGACAUACAGGGAUGCCCACCCUGAGGAGCACACAAAGACUAAGGGAAGGGCAGCUGGUGGGGAGCAGCAGGGCAAAGGAGCAGAAAGCAAAGCUCUCAGCCAGGCGCCUGAGCUUGAAGGCUCUGGCUCCGAGCUACCCCCAGCAGGGCCUGGCAAGUUCAAGAAGACAGCACUCAAGCUCUUUGGUGGCAAAAGAAGCAUUUGUACUCUGCCUAGCUUUUUGGGGGGUGGCCGAAGCAAAGGGCCGGGGAAAGGAGCUGCAAAAAAGGGUCUGAGCAAGAGUAAGACCCAUGAUGGUCUGCAGGAGGCCUCCCAGGAGUCAGAGCCACCAUCUGUCAAAGGGGCCAACCACAGCUCACCCCUAGCUAGAUCACUCCACCUGCUCCCCAGCUCCCUGAGCUCCCAUGGGGCCCUGGAGACAGGAACCUGCCUCAAGAAAUCUCCACCCAGAGGGCCUGAGAAGCCCAGGCCAGAGAGGGCUUCAGCAGCUACCCGGCCUAAGAAAGGAUUGAAAGGGUUAUUCAGUAGUAUUCGCCGCCACCGUAAGCCCAAGGCCCUGGAGCCUGAGCGAAGCUCCCCAGACAAAGAAGGCCUGGGGGUACCCAGAGAAGGGCCUGGGGAGCCUCCAGGGUCAGCCCCUCAGCCUAGCACCAGGGAUGAGUGCCUGCCCCUCCUACCAACAAACGCGAAGGUCAUCGAAGUCCAAGGCCCAGAACCAGAUCCGCCUCCACCAGUUACUGGGGAGAUGUCCCAGGAGAACCCAGAGCAACUCUUAGAUGCCUCUAUCUCAGUACCACCUCCACUUGACACUAAUCCUGAACCUGGUGGCAGCCCAGGGGACUUAUCUGGCCCGGAGGUGAGGGGAGAUGAAGAGGAGGGAGAGCCCCCCUUGGGCCUCUCUGGGGACCAGUUGAACCUCCUCUUUGGGGAUGUCACAUCCCUAAAGAGUUUUGAUUCCCUGACAGGCUGUGGGGAUAUUAUUGCAGAGCAAGAUGUGGACAGUAUCAGUGAGAGCAUUGUCUCUGCAGAGCGGGGACCUGGGCGAGAGUCAGCCAAGCGGAGCUCCUGCCUAGUAACCUACCAAGGGGGUGGUGAGGAGAUGGCCAUGCCUGAGGAAAUGGAGGAAGAAGAGGAGGAGGAAGAGGAAGAGGAGGAAGAAGAAACCAUGGGGCAUUUGUCUGAGAGGGCCAACGCAACACAGGAAGGGGCUACCCUCUAUCACCUCACCAGGGAGUUGGGCCCCCACGGCUGCUUCCUAUUUGAGGGGGCCCGGCCAUACUCUGACCCUGAACCUGGAGAGCUCCUGACUCCCCAGAGUGAUCAGCAAGAGUCUGCCCCUAAUAGUGAUGAAGGUUACUAUGACUCAAACACACCGGGACCAGAUGAUGAUUCUGGUGAUGGCCUGGGCCCUGGGAAGAAGGACCGAUUGCCGAGGGACAGCUACAGUGGGGAUGCCUUGUAUGAGUUCUUUGAGCCCUGUGACAGCCUCACAGGCUCCCCACCGGGAGACGAAGGCCUGUUUGACCCUCCAGUCCCUGGCCCUGAACUCUUUGACAAUUUCUUAUCUUUUGAACGCUUUCCCUCCGGCAAAGGGCUGGACCCCAGUCUAGGCACCAUGGAGACGGAGGAGGAAAGGCUGGUGGCCAUUCAAAGACAGCUGCUCUACUGGGAGCUCCGGAGGAAGAGACAGGAGCCCCAAGGGCCCUAUCCCCAACGGGAAAAGCCCAGCAAAGAGCAUCACAAGAGGAUUCCUUUCAGGAAGGAUGCAGAAGGGGACCCAGGGGGGCUGAUCCCUGCCAGUCGGAAGCUCAACGCGGUCUUCUCCGUUGCUCCGGUUUGGAGGGAUUUCUCACCUCCAGAAAAAUGUUAUGAGUGGAAAGGCCAAAGCAACUGCCUGCUUCAGCUCUGCUCGGGUGACAGAGUGUUUGAGUCAGGCCCAGAGCAGACUGGCUUUGAAGGAGGGUCCCCAAGUAGGACCUAUGGUGCCUAUUCGCCAGUGGAAAGCCCAGAAGCAGAUCCAGAGGACCGGGAGGAAGAUCCUGCUGUGAGCUUCUCCCAGGCCCUGGUGGAGUUCACGAGCAAUGGGACCCUGUUCUCCAGCCUUUCAGGCAGCUCUGAUUCGGACUCUUCUUUCGCCCAGAACCUCCCAGCGCUGCCACCCAUGGUGACCUUUGACAUUGCUGAUGUAGAACGGGAAGGGGAAGGGGAAUGCGAGGGCCCCCCAGAGUUCCACACCGAUGAUGAGGACUUUGAUGUAGGCUACAUUCCCAAGGAGGCCUUGGAUGACUUGGAUGACCGCCUCUUCCCUGGCUCUUUCCGAGGCUUCCCCUGGGGGGUGGGUAGCCUCCCUCGGCACCUGGGUCUGCCUGGCUUGAGCCCUCCCCCCUUGACACCUCCUGUGAGCCUCAACAGGAGGAGCCGCUCCCUGGACACGGAGACCCUGGAACUUGAAUUGGCCAGCUCUCAGCUAGCCCUGACUUACAUGGAGUCUGGGAAGCUGGCAGAGCCUGUGGAGGGAAGGUGGGGUUGGGAGAGCCCCUUGGGCUCCUACCUAGAGCCCCCAGAAGCAUAUGACUGGCCAGCCUGGGCCCACUGUACCCUACCAACAGGGCCUGGCCAUGGCUGGCAGCAGCCAGAUGUGGCUAGAACCCCAUUUGGGUCCCCAGCCUGUUAUGGCUCCCUACAGGGGCUAGCGCCAAGGGACUCCUGGGAUCGAGGGCCCCAAGUUCAGCAGCAGGCAGUCCGCCCUUCUCACCUGGACUUGCAGGGGGGCCCAUGCUGGAAUCCUCAUGCACAUUAUGCUCAGGCUGAGGCAAAGAAACAGGCAUUCAUGGUGCCCAUGGAACCCAAAGGGCCUACCAGAGGCUUCUCUGGUCUUCCUGCCAAGUGCAAAUCUGUGGGUAUCAUCCAAGGGGCACCCCACUCCCCUCAGGGCUGGGAAGAACACCCCAAAUGGCAUCCUUCCCAGUCUGGGGGCACCAACACCAACCAGCUCAAGGGGAGGGGUGGCCAUGGAGUUUCUUUCCCUCCCAGUAACCCGUCCAGUGCCAUGAAUGUAACCACAGCCAAAUAGCACCUGAUGCAGCUGCUGGGGCCUGAGCCUCUAGUGCUAGGCUCAGAACAUGAGAGGUGCUUGCUGCUGAACUCAAAAAGUGUUUUGGCCAAUGAAAGCUAUUCUGAGUUGUAAAGGUUCUUUCUCUCUAUCAUUGGCUGUAUUAUGUGGAAUAUAGAUCCCCAUGAGAAAACAGAUGCACACCUAUCUUUUUUUGGUCAUUUUUUUUUUGGUUUCUUAAGAUCCAUUCAGGGUUUUGGCUGCCAUGACUUCAUACCCACAAUGCCUACCAAGUCAGUGAUGCUGCUUUCUUUGAACACACCACAGCACCGAUUACCAGCAAGGGACCAGCCCCUCCCCUCCCCCCAACCCCCAUCUAUCUAGUGGAUGUAGUUCAUUAUAGACAGGAAAUUAUGGUGCAACCCUCCCCCCACUUCAGUGUAUUUGCCACCUUUGGCUCAGGGGUGAGACUACCCCCUCUGGCAUCUGUACCUGAUGUCCUUAAAGUGGCCUGAGGCUGCCUCCCAAGUCUAUGGUAUUGUUCUGUAACCACAAGGGGACCUUGUAACCUGAGCUUUGGAGUGACUUGGAGUGGACAAAAUCCCCAUUCCCCAGUGGAAGGACUGGACUCUUCAAGGUAAAAACAGGAAAUGGGUCUGUUGCCGGCACUGUCCACAGAGCCUGGUUUUGUGUGGUCUUUUCCUCUCAAUAAGCUAAAAUGUUGGUGUCUAGCUAAGUCGCUUUCAAUUUUUUCCCCUUUUUUCCUCAGAAGAAAGUUUUCAUAAUCUCAUCACAAGAAAUGUAUUCUUUCCAUUAGAGUAUGGGAUUGUGAGAUAGCCUGAAUUAGGCUUUGCUGGGGUUUGAGGUGCUUUUCAGUGGUUUUGUUGUUGGCAUGGUAUUGUUGUUGGUGGUUUGGUUUUUUAAGAUGAGCAGAAGAGUGGAGUGAGGAGGAGGCCUGAAGAUUUGUCCAAGUCCUCAAUCCAAAAGGCCCCAUGUGGUGGUCGGGGUGGGGCGAUGCAGCUUCUUGAGUCCAGCAUCCUGGCACGCUAUCUGGCAAGCCUCACUCUUUGGUCAGAAGCAAAAGUCAUGCCCUGUGAGGACCUGUUGCUAUUUAGCUAGCUGGUACCAAGCUCUGCCCUUGGACUGGCUACCAAAGGCACCUCUGACUUCUCCUGAGUGUCAGAAGAGCGUUUAUCUGCCAAUUUGUUUGGCCUUUAGCAUCACCAAAGACCAUGUGCCCCGCACCCCUCCCCCAGUGUCUGCCAAGCUGCUGCACCAAGAAUUGCAUGAUAAUUCCACUUUACAGAUCAAUCAGUUUCCUCCUCCUCCUUUUUAUUAUUUUUUAGUGUUUAGGUUAUAAGUGAUGGUGGGGAAGAGCUCCCUGGCACGUGCCCAUGAGGGAGGCUUCUUGGUGCAGUGGGGGGAAAAGCAGGAUUUGAAGUCAGAUGACCUAGUUUCGAAGCCUGUCUCUGCCCCUUAACUUGACUGUGUGACCCUGGGCAAGUCACUUCCCCCCUCUUGGCCUCAGUUUCCCCAUCUGUAAAAUGAGGGGGUUGGAUUGGUGGCUUCUAGGGUCCUUUCCUGCUCUGUUUAUGAUUUUUUGAAUAAAGGCUCCUGAAAUCCCAUUAUUCAUGGGAGGAGAUAGGCUCUGA